AUGUCAACCGAAACCAGCACCACGCCCAUCACCUCGUCCAACUCCACGAGAACAUCCGGUGAUACCUCACCUUCAUUCACGUCAACCUCGACUCGAUCUUCACCAUACUCUACCAAGGUAUCUUCACCGCUCGCCUUAACAGCUUGCAAUCUCAAGCUCACCACACUCGAGGAACCUUCCGAAGGGGAUUUGAAACCCUCCAAAAAGUGUACUCCAGAGGUAUACACCGACAUUCAAUCUCAAGAGAGAAUAUCGAGAUCAAACCGAUCGAUCACCAAGUACAACGAGAACGAGUAUAUCUGGUUCAAGGGUUGUAAGAGUAGUAGAAUUGCGGAGAAGGAGGGUGAAUAUGUUUGGUUUGAUACGAAGAGAUGUAAGGGGAGAAAGAAGUAUCGAGCUUGA